CUGUAGUCGUCAUUUUCCUUUUAUUAAUAGCUUACCAAUGGCUUCUCUCAAUCAGCACAACACAACAUAAAACAAAACAAAGACCACGAUGAACUCUUGUUCCGUCCGUCUCUUCAUCUUUCCUGCCGUUAUCUUUCUCCUGUGCUUAAGUUCCAAUGAAGCUGCCACGUGUCAUCCUGAUGAUGAGGCGGGUCUUUUAGCUUUCAAAUUGGGUAUAACUCAAGACCCUUCCGGCAUUCUCAGCUCCUGGAAGGAAGGUACUGCUUGCUGUUCAUGGUCCGGUGUCGGUUGUGUCACCAACCGCGUCACGGGACUCUCUCUCAGUGGACAAUCUGAUGUUAACGAAACCUAUCUUUCCGGCACUAUCUCGCCGUCAUUGGCCAAACUCCAACACCUUGUAGGGUUUUACUUCACCGAUCUUCGAAACAUCACUGGUCCUUUCCCUCAAUUCCUUUUCAAACUACCACAGCUACAGCAAGUCUACAUCACAAAUAACGGUCUCUCCGGUCCUCUUCCGGCUAACAUUGGUGCGCUAAGCCAGUUAGUGGAAUUAGGUCUCGACGGAAACCGGUUCACCGGUCCAAUCCCGAGUUCGAUUUCCAAUUUAACCCGGUUAUUUCAGCUCAACCUCGGAAAUAAUAUGUUAACCGGAACUAUACCCGUAGGGAUUGCUAAACUCAACCUCCUAUUAUCACUCAACUUAGGCGGCAACCGUCUAUCUGGAACCAUACCCGAUAUUUUCAAAUCCAUGACGAAGCUCCAAUCUCUAACCCUCUCCCGCAACGGAUUCUCUGGGAGCCUUCCUCGGUCUAUUGCAUCACUCAAACCGGUUCUCUUGUUCCUCGACCUAAGCCAGAAUAAUCUCUCCGGGACGAUCCCGAUCUUUUUAUCCAACUUCAAGGUACUCGACUCGUUGGAUCUUUCGAGGAAUAGGUUCUCAGGAGUCGUGCCAACGACUUUGGCCAAUAUGCCAAAGCUUUUCCAUCUCAACCUUUCCCAUAAUUUUUUAAACGGCCCAGUCCCAGCCUUGAAGAACGUUGACGGCAUCGCCACUUUAGAUCUCUCAUACAAUCGAUUUAACCUCAGAACGAUACCGAAAUGGGUGACUUCGUCUCCGUCCAUCUACUCGUUGAAGCUGGUAAAAUGCGGGAUCAGUAUGAGCUUUGACCAUUGGAACCCUGUGAACCCAAACAUAUACUAUUACGUCGAUCUCUCAGAAAACGAGAUCUCAGGAAGUCCAGCAAGGUUCUUGAACCAAGCACGUAACCUGUAUGAGUUUCAAGCGUCAAGGAACAAACUUCGGUUCGACUUGGGGGAGCUGACGAAUUUAAGUGAGCGACUAGAACUCCUGGAUCUGUCAAAGAAUAUGGUAUUUGGGAAGGUACCAACGACAGUGGCUACAUUGCAGAAACUGAACUUGAGUUAUAACCAUCUUUGUGGAAAGCUUCCAGUGACUAAAUUUCCGGCAAGCGCGUUCGUAAGUAACGACUGUCUUUGCGGCUCUCCACUUCCUCCUUGUAAAGCUUAAGGUGCAAGAAAACCAUAUUUUUGUAUUUGGAUUUGCUUUGACACGUAGCUCCAAAAUAAUAUUUGUAAUAAUGAAAGUUAGCCACAUGCGUGGGCAUGUAACUAUUAUGGGAAUAAAAUUUUUAUUUUAGCAGUU